GUGGUCGCUUGUAAAUAUGGUGAAUCUUCGAGGAGACACACCCCCGGAGAAGACGUGACAGUAGGGGGAUGAGAGGAUCGGCGGUGAUCGCGAUUCACAGCCGGUUGGAUUCAAGUCCCGCAGUGAGGGACUCUUGCCUCUUGGGCUGGACCGGGUCGAAUUGAUGGCAAUGAUAGGCGCCAAUCUGAGAUUUGGGAUCGGCGCAUCGGGUAACGCGUCGUCAAACGCGACCAAGGUGUUCCAGUGUCAUCCAGGGGGCGCGACAGAGGCCAGCCUCAUCUUCGGCCUCGGCGCUCUGGGCAUGGGAGCGAACUUCCUGUUGAUGGCUCUGAUUCUGGCCAAGCGACAGUUGCGAAGAUGGUCGCAAGGGUUGCUGUUCCAUCAGGCGAUGGUGGAUUGCGCCCGGGCCGCGAUUUUAUUGCCCCUAGGCUCGAGCAUCCUCAACUGUCAACCGAUGACCAAGUGUUCCCUGGUCGAGACGGCGUUUCUAUUGCUCGUCACGGUGUCCACCGUGAACAUGCUGACAACAGUGCUGAACGACAGCCCGAUCUUCCCCGAAACCGACGAGGAGGCGGACCUCGCCGCUCCUUUGCUCAUGGACUCGCCCCAGUGCGUUUUGUUCGGCACGUUCAUGAUAUGGUUCGCGAGCAUCACGAUCAACCUGGGCCCGACGUUUCUGAGCGGGGCUCUGGCAGCGAACACGGAAUCGGGGCACAACGCGCCGAGCUGCCCCCUGGUGCACGGCCCGUUCCGCCAUUACAUACUCAACGUCCUGUGGAUCGCCAUCAACAUGAUAUGCGUCGCCCUCACCCUCAUCCAUCUCAGGAAACUGCACAAAGACCUGACCAAGGCGAACGUCGAAGCGGUAAAGGUAGCACUACUAACAAUUCUCGUGAAUACAACGGGUAACCAACAAACGAAUGCGGUUCCUGAAAAUUCUGCCGCAUCCACGAAUGGUGGCACGCCCAAGAGAAGCGGGGCGGCAGAGGAGCACCGGAAAAUGAGGAAUUACUUAAAGAGGAUGGAGAGGGAGGGCGUGCAGAGAGUGAAGAUGUUUCUGGUGAUCACCGCCGCGUACGGAAUCUUUUGGGGACCACUGUUCUUCGUCACUCUGGUGGAUCAUCCUAUCAUCGGUAAUCCAACCGGUUACGAGGUGACUCUACAUAUCGCGUACAUUCACGCAUUCGUGAACCCGGUACUUUUCCUCAGCCUGCACCGUGGUCUGCGUCAAGGUCUUUCAGAAUUCUUCUGCGGCUGCUGCGAGGUGAUCGCCAGCUGGAUCCUGGGUCCAAGCAUCCCCGUCGAAAGUGCCGUGCAACCACCACGAUACCAAGAGCCGAUCGAGGCGGUCCCUUCGCCCCCCGAACCCCCGUUGGUUCAGCCUAACGCGUGUCCCGAUCUGACGGACGUGGCCCUCCUCAAACCGCCCUUGCCGCCCACCGGCAAACACUUACUGAUUAACUAAUCGUAAUUAAUCGCGGAAUUAAAACCGUACAGGACGACUCCGUGAUCGUACCACCGGAUCCAUGGAUUCUGGUGUCAAGAUCGAAAAGCACGUCGAGCAUUUACCAGGAAGAUGUUAGUAGAAGAUCGAGCAUAUUAAUACCCCCACCCCUGAAAUUAAGCGACUCGAAAGUGAACGUCAGCCCGACUAGCAGCGAUUUGCCUAGCGAAUGAUCGCGUUGAGAAAAAUAGUUCUCAAUAGAAAAUAUUCGUUCGACCAAUUUAAACUGUUCUAAUAGAUUAAUUUUAAUAAUACUCUUCUUUAUCGAUAAAUGGUAUAUUUUAGUAUCGUUUAUUAUUUUAUGCGAGAUAAAAAAUUUGUAAUAUUUGUAUCGGAUCUUGUUUUCCAAGAUACUUAUAAUUUCUCACAGUUUGUCAAAAACCUUGUCAAAACAAAAAAAAAAAAAGAAAAAAAGAAAAAAAAGAAAAGCAAAGAAACUUGUGUCCAAUGAAAUAUUCGCUUGAAAAUGUUUCGAACACCUUUCGAAGAGGAAAGAAUCGCAGAACGUUCACUUCUCAGUCGGUAAGACGGAUCUCUAUCGGAGACAUUCUUUGAACAUAACCAAAGAUUCUUCUCCUCCGAAAAAGAGAAAGAUAAAAGCGUUGCCAAAAAAAAAAAAAAAAAAAGGUUCUGCGAGGAACCGUCCAAAAGUCUUCAAAAAUUGCCAAAUCAUGAAAAGAAAAAAAAAGGGAUGAAAAAUACGUAGGGAUAAUCUUUCGUCGACAUUAAGCACGUUUCCAUGUAAAACUUCGCUUUCUAGAUGACUACUCUAUUUAGGUAACGCCAGUUUGAAAAAAAAAAUUAUAAAAAAAAGAGAGAGAAACGAAACAAGAGAAAAGAAGUUAGCGAUUAUUAAAGUUAGUAGAAAGUACAG